CAACACUUUCUGAUGGUGCCGUCUCAGGAAGAGCAGCCUCUAUUUGAAGUCGUUUUUUCUUCAGAUUGCAGGAAUGGGGGACUUCAGAAGGCGCUUGUCAAACCAUCUCCUUCAGACUGUCCAACAAGCUUUCGACUGUAAGAGAAAAGCCUUCCUUCCCUCAGAUGGACGUCAGAGACGCAUCAAACUUCUGGGGCCAGUUGAAGAGCUUUCCAUACAUCCAGAUCUGGGCGAUAUGUGCCUUAGUGGAAACAAAGCUGUUGACUUCACAUUCAUUAUUAUGGAGGACAAGGAUGUCGAACCAAACCUUCUGGCCAUUUACACAAACAGAGGCCAGUCUACCUGCUACCACCCCAGUGGAUUGAUAUGGGUGAACCUGACCCAACUAGGCGGCACCUGCUGCAUUGUAUCCGGGACGCUGAGAAGACGCUGGAACUGGCUGGACAUUGAGCCCCACGUCCAGGCCCCUCCCUUCCAGCCCAUCUGCCUGGUCCUGGGCCUUAACAUCAGCGUCCGCAUCCAGACGCAGGAACGCAUCGACCUCAACUUCACCUCUCGCCGAAGUGGAGUGCGCUUCGAUGUGGGCUCCAAAUUCAAGCUCACCCACCCAGAGGGCCUUGUGAGGCCGUGGCCAGACAUCCUGCAGAAACACCUCCAGCUGAAAAGCUUGGAGAUUUACUCUCUGCUGGACCGGAUCCAAACCUGCAUGGUCUACCAGCACUCCAAGCCAACCACCAUAAUAUCAAGCCUCGAUACAGCCUUACUGCUCAGAUACAGAGACUCAGGUGGACAAACAAACAUCCGCAUAAAGUCCCAUGUCCUCUAAAGAAAUAUAGUCUCUGUAACAACUGAAAGAAUGUGUUGUUUUUCCUUGAACCUCGUUGCUAUGAAACCAGCGGCACAUUUAGGCAUUUUUCUAAUCUUAGAAAGAAACACAGUUCUGUGUAGUUGUGCUGAAAUGUUUGAUGGGAAAAAAAACCCUCCCAUGCUUCCUGUCAGAUGUAUUUUGAGUAAAUCUUUUUUUUAAUUAUUAUUGGUCCAUUGUAAAUGGACCAAGGAGUCAACCAAGGAAAAAGGUCCAAGGAGGAAGGUCCAAAGCAAAAGACGAUGAGGCACCCUCACUCUUCAACAUGCCAAGAGGGCCUCUG